AUAGCCGUUCCCCCCCCCCCCCCCCCUCCGCUCAUCAGAGAUGAAAGCUGGUUUCGAUGGAGGCUGACCGGGGGGGGCGGAAGACCACGAUGGCGCGGGCAACGUAGCUUCAGCUAGGAACCCGAGGGUCGCGUUCAACCCUCCUCGAUACGCUCGCGCACACGUCACGAAGGAGGAACCGCACGACAUGCAGUCAUGAAGCGGGUUCGCACUGAGCAGAUCCAGUACGCGGUGGCUCAGUACCUGAAGCGGAGGCAGUAUGUGGACACCGACGGCUCUCUGAAGGGGGCCAAGCUCUUCCAGUCUGCGGAGGAGAUGGCUGCCAGUCUCACAGUGCAGACGGAGUCGGGGAGCACCAACAUCGUCUCUGCUGCGCCCUGCCAGUCUGACCCUCAGCAAUACGAGACCCAGUUCUCCAGGCUACGCUCCUUUCUGUCAGAAACGGACAUAUCCUGGGCGAAGGAAGUGAGCAGCGUCCUCUACCCGCUCUUCGUCUACCUCCACCUGGACCUGGUGCACUGCGGCCUGAAGGGGGCAGUGGACGGUUUCUACAGUCGUUUCCACGGCGCCUUUCUUCAGGACGGCGAGCAGCGCGCCACCAUAGAGCAGCUGCGCCAUGUUCUCACCGCGCAGGACGUUGCGGCCAACCCCAAGCUGAGUGCCUUCCUGGAGCACAAGUACGUGGUUCACCUGGCGGAACCGGCCUACGGCUACCUGCUGCGGUACCUGCAGAGUGAGGACAACAGCGCCCUCUGCAGGGCCCUGAGCACACACCUGCAGGUGGAGGUCACCGCCUCCAGGCGCACAGACUACCAGCUGUACGAAGCUGCCGCCGGGGGAACGACCGCCGCCCCGAACUCCGCCUCCUCCUGGGCGGGGGUGGACGGGGCGGAGGGCGGCGCGGUGGGGGUGGAGGUCCCCGCGGCGAUCCCUCAGAGCGAGGCGGCCCUGGAGACCCUGCAGGACUGCAUCAAGAAAGUCCGCGAGGGUCCCCCCACGCUCACCACGGUGUGCUUCUACGCCUUCCACCACACGGAGCAGACGCUGAACACCGCCGAGGUGUCGGCCGACAGUCGCCUGCUGGCCGCCGGCUUCGACAGCUCCACGGUGAAGCUGUGGAGCCUCCGAGCCAGAAAGCUGAAGGCCAGACCGCAUCCGGCUGACGUGUCGCUCAUCCACCUGGCCUGCGACGUGCUGGAGGAGGAAGCGGAGGAAGAAGACGACUCCGGCAGCGAGAUCAAGACGCUGCGAGGUCACAGCGGCCCGGUGUUUCGGACCGCCUUCCUGACGGACAGCACGGGCCUGCUCUCCUGCUCCGAGGACACGACCAUCCGCUACUGGGACCUGGGCAGCUUCACCAACACGGCGCUCUACCAGGGCCACGCCUACCCGGUGUGGGACGUGGACGUGAGCCCCUGCAGCCUCUACUUCGCCAGCGGCUCCCACGACCGGACGGCCCGCCUCUGGACGUUCUCGCGCACCUACCCGCUGCGGCUCUACGCCGGGCACCUCGCCGACGUCGACUGCGUCAAGUUCCACCCCAACUCCAACUACCUGGCCACCGGCUCCACGGACAAGACCGUCCGCCUGUGGAGCACCCAGCAGGGAGCGUCCGUCCGCCUCUUCACCGGCCACCGGGGCCCCGUGCUGUCGCUCGCCUUCUCGCCUAACGGGAAGUACUUGGCGUCCGCCGGCGAGGACCAGAGGGUGAAGCUGUGGGAUUUGGCGACGGGGACGCCGUUCAAGGACCUGCGUGGACACACGGACAGCGUCACCAGCCUGUCCUUCAGCCCGGACAGCAGCCUGGUGGCGUCGUCCUCUAUAGACAACUCGGUGCGGGUGUGGGACAUCCGGAACUCCCACGGCGGGACGCCGGCCGACGGCUCGUCCGGCGAGCUGGUGGGACUGUACACCGGGAACACCAGCAACGUGCUGAACGUCCAGUUCAUGGCCUGCAACCUGCUGCUGGUGACGGGAACCGCACAAGAGAAAGCCGAACAGUAGCCUCACGUGUCUUCUUCUUCUCUGGUUUCUGCGUUGAUGUUUUGGGAGGAAAAGCUUGAAAUGUCUCCGGAUGUCUGUUCGACUUUUGUUUGUCACCAAUGUGACCGCUGAGAGGUUAAAGGCCACCCGCUGCACAGCAGUCUUUUUGUUUUAGUCCGUGGCAUUUUAAAAGUCUCUCUUUUCCCUUUUCAUAACUUUCGAUAUUCAAUUUGAGAUGAUAAUUGGUCCCUUUGGUGUUUGUCUAAUUACCAACGCGCCCUCACUUAGAUGUCAGUAUUAAAUAAUUCCUUUAGUGUGAAGUUCCAGGUCCGGUGCCUUGGUGGUCCAAAAAAAAACUGUUUACUCUGCUGUCAUGCACAAGUUUUAUUAUCUAUCACAGCAGCAUGUGACUGUUUUUUUUUGAAAAAUAUUUUUCUUGUUGAAUAAAAAACCAAAUAUAUAUACAACAUUUUGAAAUUUGCAAAAAAUCCAUUUGACCCAAAACGUUGAUUUUUUUUUUUUUUUUUUUUUUACUGAACUGAGAAAAUGACAAAACAGGCAGUUGAAUUGGUGUUGUGUGUACUGACUGAGUAUUAUGGGAUGACAAGGUGGUCAGAAUAUUAGAAGUACCCUCUUCAGUACAGUGAGCCGCAGCUUUAAUCUCCAGGGUGUGUUUAGCCUAGCUUAGCACAAAUACUGGAAGCGGGGGAAAACUGCUAGCCCAGCAACAAAACUAUAUAUAUAUAUAUAUAUAUAUAUAUAUAUAUAUAUAUAUAUACACACACACACACACACUUUACAUACAGGUGUUGUGCAGGCUAAACAUGUGAGGAGCGCCUUGUAUCGACCUUUCGCCUCUAGUGCUGAUGGAAGAGAGUUUUACUACCAACAAAAGUCUUUAAUCUUUCGUUACUUUUGAGCGACAUAAACGUGCUUCAGGACAAACGUGUGAACGCAAAGCGGGCGUUCAAGAGCUUCGCCCAAAUAAAACUGUUAAACGUUUUCAAUUCGAACAGAAACGGUCUGAAAUAAACACGAUUGGUUGAACGCCG